AUGAAGCUUACCGCUACCCUUGCCUUUGCAGGCGCCGCCACGGCCUCUGUUCCUUUGAUCGCCGGUCAUCGUGAGGCCCUCAUGGCUCUAGAAGGCGUCUUGAACCGCCGCGCGGAUAUCUGUAUUCCGGUCCCUGAGCCCGCCACGUGCGAAAAGUCUUGCGGCCCCGGCAACAUCCCUUGCAUCGGCUUCCCCACCUGCUACAACCCCAGCCAGGGAGAAAGCUGCUGCUCCGACGGAACCUACUGCCCCGCCGGCACUCGCUGCACGGAUGCCGGCUGCUGCCCCAAUGACCGCGACCUUGCAGACUGCGGCGCUUCCAUUACCCUCAGCGUCAUCCCUCCUCCCGCAACAGGUACUCCUGAAGAGCCUACCGAUGGCGGCUCCGAGGAGACUUCAUACCCCGAGGAGACCCCCACCGAGGCCCCGGAGGAACCCUCCAACCCCACCGAGCCUUGUCACGAGGAAACUCCUACACCCACCACCACCGAAGUCCCCGAGGAGCCUUGUGGAUGUGAAGAGGAAACACCCGUUCCUCCUAUAAGCGAGGGCGAGGAGCCCACCGGCGAACCCACCGGUCCUGAGCCCAGUGACGAGCCCACCAUCCCAGAACCCACCGUGCCCGAGCCUACACUCCCUGAGCCCACGGUCCCUGAACCUACCAUCCCCGAACCCUCUAUUCCGGAGCCCACCCUCCCAGGGCCCAGUGGCAACUCCACCCCUCCUAUUCCAACCGCCGCCGCUAAUCAUCAUGCGCCAAUGGGUAUUAUGGCGUUCUUCGGCGCCCUUCUCAUUGCAGUGUAA